CGCCUGCCCAACAGCGGCCACUGUCGGUUUCGGACGGCAUUUGCUCUUGGGCAUGGUGCCCAUCGGUUGUCCGUGCCCAUCUCGGGUGCGCCAGCGAGAGUUGCCGGACACCACGCUUCUCUGGACAUCCACCUUCUGGAAACACCGUAGCCACUUUGCCUCAAGGGGCGCCGUUCCUCCGCCCCGGGCGAAGGCCCGCGGCCGCCGCGCUGCCGCGAGGGCCGCCGCAAUGCGGGGUUAUUGGGCGCAGCAGACGGCCACGGCCGCGACGGCAACCGCCUUCGGCGCUGCCCACGCGGCCCCCUCGGAGUUGCAGCCGCCCAUUGCAUGCGGCGCCUACAGCAAGGAGAACCAGCUGGAGCUGCUGCGGCUGAGGGCUGCCGGGGAGCAGGCGCAGGGGAGGGGAAGCGACUCCCCCGCGCUGAUGGCGCUCGAGGCGGCGCGGAAGAACAACCAGCCGAAGGCGCCUGCGCCGAAGGUUCCUCACGGUGAGCGCGAGGGUCCGUACCCUGGGAUGCGGGAGCGGAUCGUGUCCGAGACGCCAUACAAAGUUGAGAAGAUUUGGGAGGUGCCUGUCGACGCCAAGCCGAAGGCGAAGUCGCCCAGGCCAACAAAAGAAUCCCGGCCCCUCGGCAAGAUGCCCGUGCUCCCGGGCCGCCACGAGCUGGUCCUCGAGGGCCCGUUCCCCCUCGAGAAGAGGAUCGCGGAGUUGGCGGCGCACGCCUACUACCUCUGGGGACAUGCUCGUUACGUUCAGUAUCUGAGUGCGGGCUCCACCUCGGAGUUGCUCGCCCACCGCCUGGAACGCUUGGCCAAGAAGGCUGAUUCUGCUGCCAGGGCCCUGGCGCACAAUGCGCACAUAGAGAUGUCCAGCGCGCCGCCGGGCCUGCCAGCGCAGGUAUGCGCUGCGCCCGCGCCGUUUCUGCCCCCGCCGCCCUCGACGUCGCGACGCCACGCAGGCCCCGGCGCCCGUCGGCGCCCGCCGCCCCCCGCGCCGCCCGGCUGCGGCGGCCUGCCGGCCGCCUUCCUGUAGCGCGCCUCGCGUGCCGCGCCGCCCGCGCCGCGCCGCGCGCGCCGAGGCCGCGCAGGGAAGAACAACAAAUCACAAGUCUUUCUCCGCGGCACCUGUGCGACGC